AUGGAAGCCUGUUACUCUCAAGAUAAAUUUAAUGCCACUUUAUACGAUGCCAUGGCUAUGGUCAUCAUCACACUUCAGGCAUUUGCUGGCACGUGGAUAAACACUGUCGUUGUUUCUGUGCUUUGUAUUGCUUGGGUCAGAAAGAAAAUCUUUAACUCUAAUGAGAAGGUCUUGCUGUUUCUGGGAUGCUUCAGGUUUUGAUAUUUAUGCAUCACAUGGAUAUAUUCCUUUCUUUGAAUAAUUUAUCCCUGGUGCUUUUACGUUCACCCUGUACCCCAACUACCUGCAGUUAUUCAAAACGUUUUAAAUUCUUCCAACUUGUGGGUUUCUGCCUGUCUUUGUGGUUUUUAUUGUACAAAAAUUGCAAAUUUCAGGCACAUCUUUUUCAUCUACCUGAACGUAAAAAUUGACAGGAUCGUGCCAUGGCUGCUGUUGGGUUCAGUGCUUUUAUCCCUGGUCAUCUGCAUCUUUGUCUACAACAUCACCGAUGAAGCACGCUGUAACAACCCCAAUUCCACCACCCUAGGAAAUUUCUGGAAACUGAGUGUCAGAAUGGAUGAACAUUUUUUCCCUAUUUUUUUUAUCAGCAGCUUUGGAUUUACUGCCACAUUCACAGCAGAUCAUUCGGCCCUUCUCCUCCUCUUUUCUCUCUGGAGACACAAAUGCAAGAUGCAGACAAACUCAGUGAAGAACCUCAGCAUGGAUGUCCAUAUCAAAGCCACAAAAUCUAUUCUGUCCUUCUUCUUCAUUUACAGCAUUAACUUUACAUGUUUGGUCUUGACAUUGAGUUAUGCCACGAAGAAGGAAAAUCCUGUGACAUUUCUCAUUUUAGUAUUUCAGUAUGCUUUUCCGGCUGUUCCUUCCCUUAUUCUGAUUUUCAGCAACCCCAAACUGGAAAAGGCACUGCUAAGGACUCUGCCCUGUGUGAAGUGCAGGGUUUGCAUGAGGUAG